CUGUGAAUCUUGCAGCUUUCUCUUUCUUAACCUCCACCACUCAUCUCCUUCCCCCGUUAGACUUAACACACCCAAAUAAUAACCAAGAACCUAACCCUUCAUUUAUUUUCUCUAAUUAUUCUCUAUCCUUUUAAAGCUCCUCCCUCUUUUUUUCUUUUUUUAGAAAAGAAAUUUCUUCUUUUGUGUGAAACAAUCAGACUAUGCUCCAGUCCUCUCUGCGUACGCAAAACCGGCGAAGGUAAUCAAACCAAAAAAAAAGAAAAAAAGAAACGAUAAACCUAUCUACCCCUACCUCUUAAAUAUAUAGUACAUAUAUAUAUAGGACACUGGUAGCUUCAAGUGCAAGUGUAAGGGCAGAGAUUAUGGAAAAUGGCGGGAGCAUGUACUUGGGGAGCAAAGGGCAAACUGGUAAUAACAGCAUUAAUCUCGCUUGGGACUUAGGGGAGCUUAAUCCUACAAGUACGAGAUUCGACUGGGGAGGCAACGAUAAUAUCAACGCCUUCAAUUUGUACGCCUCAACUACCUCUACUACUAGCAGCAGCAGGGCGGAGAUGAUUUCAUCACCUUCCUCCACACUCCCGGUGGCCAACACUGCCGCCCCUGCACUCAUGUUCCUUCCUCACCACGUCAAUGCUACUCUUACCCAUCACUUGAACCAGGAACACUCUCUUUAUGCCGGCGAUGGGUCUCAUAUGCACCCCGACCCCCAUCUUGUUUGCUUGAAGCUUGGGAAGAGGCACUACUUCGAGGAUUCUACAUCCUUGACCGAGCGACACCUCGUCGGUGGGUUCUCAAUUGGAAAGAAAGGUAAUCCCUACUACAAUAAUAAUAUUGGGUGCGGCAGCGGCGGCGUAAGUGGUGGAGUUGAGCCUUCGUCACCUAUAGCUGUCAUGGGGAGUCCAGCGUCGACGGUACCACGGUGUCAAGUUGAAGGUUGUGACGUUGCACUGGUGAAUGCUAAAGAGUAUCACCGGAGGCAUAAAGUUUGUGAGAUGCACUCUAAGGCACCCAAGGUGGUGGUGCUAGGGAUAGAGCAACGUUUUUGUCAACAGUGUAGCAGGUUUCAUGUGGUGUCAGAAUUUGACGACUCGAAGAGGAGUUGCAGAAGGAGAUUGGCAGGCCACAAUGAGCGUAGGAGAAAAGGCUCUCAUGAUUCUGCUUCCAGGAACUCUGCUCAAGAUGCUAAAUUGAAGACUGGGAGAUUUCCAUACCACCUAUCGUUGCCGAAAGGACGUGCUCUCUCUCUUCUGUCAUCUAGGGCUGAUUCAUGGAUCUCCCCAUCCGAUCUCUCAUCGAGAUCUAGUACUGCCUUGCAAGAGCUGAUCGCUGAAAAUCGUGCUGCUGUCCUGGCUCGGCAGCUGGUACUUGAUCGAGGCUGGCAAUUGAACCACCGUGGGAUGGAAGACCUUGGCGUGUUCAGUUCUACAACGGCCGAGCAGCAUUCCUUAUUACCAGAGCCCCCUCAAGGUUGGGAAAAGUUUCAGGAAACUGGUGCUGAGUUAACAUUAAAUCUGAUGCAAGCAUCAAGCUCGGCAUCGGGAAUGUUUGUGAGGGGUAAAUCUGAGGAUGAGGAACAAGAGUGUUCGGAGUUGUGGAAUUCCUUGCAGGGAACACACGUUGUUUGAAUGGAAAUUCCCAUUAUUUAUUAGAGUUAGGCUUGUUGUAAUAGUCAACAACUUGCUUGGUUUUCUUAUCAGAGGAUUGAAGUCUGAUCGAGGACAAUGCGCAUCGCUUUGUAACAUUUCACUUUUCUCUCACAUUUAUUGUCAUUCAAUCAUGUAGGGAUAUGAAUUUGUUCUGGAACAGUUAAUUUCAUAAAUGCAUUUGGAGGGAUUUGCCA